UUUCAUCAGCCUACCUCAGCCUCACCCUUGCCUCCCUUCAGCUGUAUAAAUUUCAUACAUGAGCUCACUAUUUGGCAGCGAAGAACGGCGCCGAAAUAUCAAUCUUGGCGGAGCAUCCUCUGCCACCACGCAUGCUCAUAUACUCAAUCAAGCCAAGGCAAGACGUUCCGAACGCGAGAACUCGAGGAAGAAACAUGACUCGGCGGUCCGUAUACAGGCAUGGUGGAGGGGUAAUAUGCAGGUUAGGAAUGUGAGGCAGCAGCUUAGACAAAGUUUUGCGCAGGAUGUGUUGGGAGUCAAUGGGCUCCGGUGUAUGGUGCUGAUUGGGAAGGACGAGGAAGUAUUGGGUCACUGGUCGACGACGUUGACCAGCGGUGGUCAAGAUGUGUUCUUUCAGCAUGCGAAUGGACCCGAACGAGAGAGCUGGUUGGUCCUUACACGACAAGCAGCCCUCCUCAUCCUCCAAUCCGUGGCUGAGCAUCCUGAAUCUACCUACGCUGUCACACACCUACGCGUGCUCGAUAUUCUGCUAGCACCUUCAUCUUCUUGGACCGUACCAAUAGCUCUAUAUCUUCUGCAACGCGACCUGUACCGACUUCUUUCACAAGCAAUCCGCGGAAUACCCGUAGAAUCCAAGAACUCUCCAACAUUACCUUCGCUUGUACCUCUCUUGACCAACCUAUUCUCACUCGAUCUCGGUGCUAUGCUUCUCAAAGCUCAGGUCGAUUUUACGCAACAUAUCCUUACCAUCCCACUCUUGCCGAAUCGCCUACCCCUUACCUCAAUAUCCGUGCUCUCCGCUCGCCUACCUGUCAAUGCACUUCUAUCCAUUGAUCCUUCACUUUUUGUACCGCUCAUUGACACUGAAGAAAAGGUCCAUUUGACUUCUAACCUCGUUGCCUUCAUUCCGCCACGCUACCCCAAGCUUUCCGCCCCGGCCUUGAAAGGCUGGUUGUCACUUCUCGGAGCGACUAUGAAGUCUCUUCCCACGUAUGCGCUCGAACCCUCCGCCCGACCAUCCUCCUCGUCCGGGUCGAAUUCUAAUGCCGUAGAAUCAGAUUCAGACGACGAAUCCUCAGCCGCCAUCCGAGUCACAGCCGUCUCGUCCUUUGCCCCAGUUCCCGCUCCCCCAUCCCUCCCGAAACUCGACACCCGGACGCUCAAACGACUACAGACAAUACCAUCCAUCCCGCACCUUAAGUCUUUGCUGUCUGCUUCCCAACAUUAUCCUGCGACCAGGGAUAUGUUGUAUGAGUGCUUGUUUGCUCUUUGUGUGGUUUGGCCCAACAGGAGCGAUGGGGUGUUGAGUGCAGUCUUAAUCGGUAGUGGAGGAGGCGUUGUGAGGGAGAUCUAUCGAGGGAUCGUGCGGAGCAGUGCGCUUGGGAGGGAGGGUGUUGACGGUAGUAGUUUGAUGUCACCUGCACACGCGAAAGACUGGCCCCCACUCCUCUUCCUUACCGAUCUCUACUAUCAAGCCUUGCUUACCAUGGGAGACGACGAGUUCUUCUCCUCCGCUUCCGCCGCCGCCAAUGUGCCACGGAACCCUUUGACGCUUGACGAGCUGGUCGUUUUCUCGAGGAAGCUGUUGAACAUCGCUUUCACGCUGUAUUGGAGGGAGGAUCAGAUCGGCGUACUGCAGGGCGCUGUACCUGGGUUUGAGGGAGCUGGGGGCGCAGCGGGAGGGUUGAAGUGGGAGGGUGUUAGGGAGAAGGUGACGCGAUGCUUGGUAGCUAUACAUGCGAGAGAUUCGAGGAAAAAGUUCACGCCUCCAGACCACUGGCUCAUUGGCUCGCAGAUCGACUUAACCUCGUUCAUUGAGGCUGCCCUCUUCGAGGACCAACAACUCUCGCAGCCCACGGGCACUCGUCCGCUUUCCAAACGUCACAUCGCCUACCUCUCCCCCCGCCUCGGAAUCCUGAACAAUAUCCCCUUCUCCAUCCCCUUCGAAGCCCGCGUCUCCAUUUUCCGCAACUUUGUAGCGAAUGACAUGUCCAGCCGUGGCGUCGACCGUCGCCAAUACUUCCACAAACGAACGCGCGUGACGGUCCGACGAGGACACGUCGCAGAGGACGGGUUCAAUCGACUGGCGGAGGCGGAUCUGAGGAUGCCGGUGGAGAUCACGUUUGUGGAUCAGUUCGGGGAGGUGGAGAGCGGGAUUGAUGGCGGUGGCGUUUUCAAGGAGUUUUUCACGGAGUUGUGUAAGGAGGCGUUUGAUACGAAUAGGGGUUUGUGGCUUGCGAAUCAGCAGAAUGAACUGUAUCCGAACCCGCAUUCUUACGCGAGGGAAGCUCACAACUUGAACUGGUAUCGCUUCAUCGGGCGCAUCCUGGGCAAAGCGCUCUACGAAGGGAUUUUGGUGGACGUCGCUUUCGCAGGGUUCUUCUUGGCCAAGUGGCUAGGCAAGCAGAGCUUCCUUGAUGACCUGGCCUCGCUCGACCCAGACCUCUAUCAUGGGCUCAUCUUUUUGAAACACUACACUGGCAAUCCAGAGGAGCUCUCGCUGAACUUCACCGUCGCUGAAGAAGAGUUUGGCGUGACGAACACGAUUGAUCUCUGUCCAAAUGGGAGUAACAUUCCUGUGACCCGGGAUAAUCGGCUGGAGUACAUCUACAGGAUGUCGCACUACCGGUUGACGAAACAGAUUCGCAAACAGACGGAGGCCUUCUUCGAUGGUUUGAGUGAUGUCAUUGAUCAGAAGUGGUUGAGGAUGUUCAACCAGCAAGAGCUGCAAGUCCUCCUUGGUGGAGUUAAUGCCCCGAUAGACGUUGAUGAUCUCAGGAGCCACACGAACUACGGAGGGCUGUAUGACGACAACGAGCCAACCAUCGUGGCAUUCUGGAAUGUUCUCAAAACGUUCGACCAUGACCAACGGCGCGCUGUGCUUCGGUUUGUGACCAGUGUAGGCAGACCACCAUUGCUAGGUUUCAAGGAGCUCCAUCCCAACUUCUCGAUCCGAGAUGCCGGAUCAGACCAGACCCGCCUGCCGACGUCAAGUACUUGCGUUAACUUGCUGAAGUUACCGAGGUACAAGGACGAGAAAACAUUACGGGAUAAACUGUUGCAGGCUGCGUUCUCUGGUGCCGGUUUCGACUUGUCGUAGGUUUCCCCCAAGGAAGUCGCUGAUCGAGUCGGGGGAGGGUGAACUGCCGAGGUAGGGUCUACAAAUGUGUAGUGCUGGGCUAAGCCCUGAAUCCGUCGUUCGUGUCACUGUUGUUGUUUUCUCCUGUCUUGCACGUUCUUCGCUUCGUUCUCUUGCAUUUUUUCUGAUGUAGAUCGUGAGUGGAUUGUACUGUGAAUGUAUAUAUGUAUGUUUUCC